UCAGCAGAGAGUGAGUCUGCAGCACCAGUUUUUACAGCCGUCCAGUUUGGAAACGCCACCUGUCCCAGACCCAGUACCUCCAAAUGUUGAUUUUUUUUUUUUCCAGAUCACUUGGGCAGCUUUUUUACCGGCCCAAUGGGUCAGUUAUAUUCCCAGAAACUCCAGCUCCAGCUUAGUAGCUCUAGGGUGAAAAUCAGCCAUCUGUGUGUUCUUAAAAGCCACAGGUUAUUUCUAAGAUGGAGCCAUAAUUAAAAGAAGUCUUCGGAAAAACCAGUCCUGUGUUUGGACAGCGAGCCUUUUUCCUAAUCUGUACUGGGGAACCCUGUAGGCAUGUUAGGGAACCAGGUAUGUGGAGAAAGUGCCCUGAAUUAGAGGAACCUGAAGAGGGAACGUGCGUUUAUAGUUUAUCAGCUGAUCUUUAGAGUUCUCAGAUGAAUUCUAGGAAGGAGAAAACAGCUGAGAGAAGGAAAUAUACAGCUGCCUUUAGGAAGGAUAAACAAACAGGAUCUAACUAAUGCAUGCCAAGCAAGAGAGCAGUUGAGAACCCCUAAUUUCUAAGGUUAAUACCAUAUAGUCGCUAGGAAAAAAUUAGGUUAAUGGCUUCUAAUAUGCUUUCGGAAAGAGCUGAGAGCCCUUUUAUUUCUCCCUAAUGGAUUAAUUUCUCCGAAUUUCAUCCCAAAACCUUUAGUUUUCAUGAAAUUGCCAGCCAAAGUAGUCAUCUUAUAAUAAUGUGAAGAAUAUGUGCCUGUAUGUUUCAAGUGUUUUAGGAAGGAACUCUGGCAUCAUGGGAGGAGGGAGAUUUACAAAGCAGUUAGAGUACAAGUUUUAGCCACGGACAUAGGUUACUAUUUUAUUAAAAUCUGACCUGGUUAAUUAUGAAUUUCAGAGUUUAUAGAAGAUAAACUGUGGGCAGACACAGAGGCCACUGACAGCUAUGACUGGACCACCAUUUGCCCAGUGGAGCAACUCAGGUUUCAAGAUGGCUGCAGCCCCUCAGGCACCAAAGAGGGGAUCUAUUCGGAAGACUAGACCUCUGGUUGUAAAGACAUCACUCAACAACCCAUACGUUAUUUCCUGGAGCACCCUGGAGAGAGAGGACAUACACUUUAUAUUACAGACACUCGAAGACAAGUUUAAAUCAAUUGGACUUCAGAAAAUUGAAGAUAAGAAAAGGAAAAAAACAUCUUUUAUAAAAAAGCAAAGAUGCAGCCUGGAUGUUGAGAUUAGUGAUGAUCCAAAAGAGGAGGUACCUGAAGGGGAUGUGCAGGUGUCAGGGUGGACACCUGCACACGUCAGGAAACAGCUGGUCAUUGGUGUUAAUGAAGUCACCAGAGCCCUGGAAAGAAACGAACUGCUCCUGGUUCUAGUGUGUAAGUCGGCUAAGCCUGCCAUGAUCACCUCACACAUGAUUCAACUGAGUUUAAGCAGAACUGUUCCUGCCUGUCAGGUUCCUCAGCUCAGUCAGAGAAUUGCUCCUGUCAUUGGCUUAAAAUGUGUGCUAGCCUUGGGCUUCAGAAAGAACACUGUGGACUUUGCUGAGGAAGUACGAGCCAUCCUUCCCAGGGUGCCCAGCUUAAAUGUGCCAUGGCUUCAAGACAGAACCCAAGAUCCCAAAGACAGUUUAGAGACUGAAUCUUUGGAAAGCCAAGAUAAAGACACUGCGGACACUUCAUUUGAUGAUGUUACAAAACUUAGUAAGAGAAAGCUUGCUGAAGGUGGCCAGGCUUCAGCUGCAACAUUACAACCCCUUCGAAUAAAGAAACUCCUUCCCAACCCUAGUAAGAUAAGGAAACCACCCAAAAUUAAAAAAUCUGUUUCAAAGUAGUUUUAUAUGAAUUUGUCAUUUCAUGUAAGAACAUGGUCUAAAUAAGCUUUGAAACAAAUAAAGGCAAAUAUGUUUACAUAUGUUA